AUGUCUCCAACGACACCUGGAAGCUCGGAGAGUCAGAGCUCACGAGUCAGCUACCACAGCGUCGAAAUUCCAGACUCGGGGCUUGCCAACGAACGUGACGAACAGUCGGAUGUUGCCAAGAAUGGCACUGGUCUGCAUGAACAAUCGCGAUCCCAGGCGCAUAGGGUCCAUUUCGGAUGCGAUUCGACAGAAAACAUUGCCAACGCAAUUACAGCUCCGCAGGAUGGUCAAUCAGCAUGCGAUUAUCGACCACCGGAAAUUCCCGAGGCUGCGUCCACUGGCCAUACGCCCUUCUAUAACGAAAGUUCGCAGAGUGAGAAUACUUUGGGCCAGUGGGAGAAGUCAUCUCCUGAGACAGAACACGUUGUUCAACCGAAUUGCUCACAACCUCACUCACAGAAAAAGCGUGGACACUCGAUGUUAGAGAAAGUUAAGCUUUUGGUUACCCGCUUGUAUCAGCUAUCUCCUAUUUAUAAUGGCGAGAGGUCCGCCGCACAAAGUCAUUCAUUGGAUGCGAGUGAGCCUGGGAACGGCGACAUCUCUGCCAGCGUGCAGGCACAUCAGCUAGUUCGGGGAUUAGUAUACGAGCAAUCUGACCAACAUACCACCACUUGCCCACCGGAAAGUCCAAUCGCGGAGCCUGUAAUACAACGCCGUGAAAGUGAGGGAGGUGUUCUGGCUCAAUUGCUGAAACUCUAUGGGGGCUUGGAUCCACCGACGCGAGAUACACGACCGCACAGCAAUGUCUUCUCAACGGCUGCGACACCCAGUACCCCCUUUGGUGGAAGCAGGUCAGGUAGGAAAAGAAUGCCAAAAUGGUAUGAGAAGCCACAGAAUAUGCCAAUGGAUACCAGAAUCGACAGUGCUGCCCCUUCGGGUGAGAACAGCCCCAUAGCUUCCAAAGAGAUGCUUAGUGCUACCCCCAGACGGGCACACAGACUAGGCCACCACAUGCGAUUAGAAGACGAAAUUCGCGUGACUGUUCAUAUUGCCGAUAUAAUCUCGCGCCAAAAAUGCAUCAUCCAGCUCUGCAAGGCUUUCAUGAUGUUCGGGGCUCCAAUGCAUCGGUUAGAAGAGCACAUGCAGAAGACUGCAUUGGUUCUGGAGGUGGAUAGCCAAUUUCUCUACGUGCCGGGAUGUAUGAUUAUGUCCUUCGACGAUCCCACCACACGCACGACGGAGGUGAAGCUGGUGCGGGUGGCUCAAGGCAUUGAUCUCGGGCUUCUAGCCGAUACCCAUGAUGUGUACAAGAAUGUGGUUCACGAUGUUAUGGGGGUUGAAGAGGCCACCAGCGAGCUUGAAGAGAUCAUGAACAAGAAGCCUCGGUACAACAAAUGGAUCAUUGUGGUCCUCUACGGGAUAGCUUCAGCAAUGGUUGGCCCGUUCGCAUUCAAUGCCCGUCCGAUCGACAUGCCAAUAAUUUUCUUCAAUGGCGCCCUCCUUGGCAUUCUACAACAUGUCAUCGCUCCACGUUCUGUGCUAUAUUCCAAUGUCUUCGAGGUGACCGCUUCGAUUCUGACUUCAUUCAUCGCACGGGGAUUAGGAAGCAUCAAAUGGACCACACCAAGUGGAAACCGCGAGCAUCUGUUCUGCUUUUCUGCAGUUGCCCAAUCGUCCGUUGCGCUCAUUCUGCCGGGAUAUACUGUACUCAGUAGUAGCCUGGAGCUUCAAUCGCAUCAACUUGUGUCUGGAUCAAUCCGAAUGGUAUAUGCUAUCAUAUAUUCGCUUUUUCUUGGCUACGGAAUCACGGUCGGUACUACGAUUUAUGGACUGAUCGACCCCAAUGCCACGUCUGCCAUCACAUGUCCAAGCACCGAAGCUUGGGGUAACGAAUAUGUUCAACGAUUUCCAUUUGUGGCAGCAUUCGUGUUAUGCUUGUUAGUAAUCAACCAGGGCCGGUGGAAACAGGCACCAGUCAUGCUGUCCAUUGCAGAAACCGGCUAUGUUGUCACCUAUUUUGUGACACGACGCAUCGGUACCAGCUCCCAAGUUGCCAACACUGUCGGUGCAUUCACUAUAGGCAUGAUAGGCAACCUUUAUAGCCGCCUGUGGCAUGGUCAUGCGGCAACUUCUAUAUUGCCGGGAAUCUUCGUUUUAGUGCCGUCGGGCCUGGCGGCAUCGGGGUCUCUCAUCAGUGGUAUCAAAACUGCUGACGAGACCCGUGGUAAUGCAUCAAGUGCUAUAAACCACACUAGUAGCACGACCUAUCCCGUAGAGUCUGAUGAGCUCUACAGGUCGGAUCUGGGAUUUGGCAUGGUGGAGGUAUCAAUUGGCAUCACCGUGGGACUGUUCAUUGCGGCUCUGAUGAUCUACCCAUUCGGGAAACGACGAAGUGGGUUAUUCAGCUUUUAG